AUGGCGGCCAUUGAUAGCACAGAUGAUGCAGCCGGGGCAGAAAGGAGAUGCUAUGAGGAGCUUGCGGUGUCGAACAAGUUCGUGAACGAGAUCAUGGGUUACGAUAUAUUGCAAGGUCGACCAGCCGACGGCGGCGACUUGGAGGAUGAAUAG